AUGACGGGUUUUCACACCUACAUCGCUCAAAAUGGAGUGCCAAUUGCGAUUGACCUUUCGACAUUGCCUGAAGUGUUCGACGAGUUGGCGCGAAUCGACGCCGAACUAGCGACGAUGCGAACUCAAGUAACACAUCUCAUCAUUGCCUAUGAAACCCGGAUCCGAGAUCUCGAGAAACGUUUACAAGGAGAAAACGGGAACGCGAGCGAUAUCGAGAAUGGGAAUUUUCGAUUCCCGGAAUGCGUAGAUCAACUGCGACAGAGCACUUUCGAGAAUUUGGGAAAGUUGGCGAUCAAAUCGUUUUGUGUGCCGCAACAGAGCCGAAGUGACGAGGAACAGAUCAGCGAAUGUGACAAAAAGAAUAAUGAAGAAAUGAGAAAACAUUUGCAA